ACCGCAGCCCGGCCCCGUCCAGAGGGGGGCGAGUCCACCUCGGCCACGGCCGUCGUGGGGCGGGACCGUCCCGGCAGGGAGCGGGAAGGGCGGCCCGGCCCGGCUCGUCCCGGCGCUGCCUCCCGGUGGCCGGGGCAGCCUCGGCCGCCGCUGCCCUUUUCACCCGCCGUGCCAUGGAGCGGUGCGGGGCGGCGGCGGGCGGCGAUGUCCGCAUGUGCCAGACCGUCUUCCCGGCUCACGCCAACCACCGCGGGGAGCUGAGCGCCGGGCAGCUCCUCAAGUGGAUGGACGCCACCGCCUGCCUGGCAGCUGAGAAACACGCUGGUGUGUCUUGUGUGACAGCGUCUAUGGAUGACAUACAGUUCGAAGAGGCUGCCAGGGUUGGACAAGUUAUUACCAUCAAAGCAAAGGUGAACAGAGCAUUCAAAACCAGCAUGGAGGUUGGCAUCAAGGUUACAGUACAGGAUGUUUUGACAAAUGUUGAAAAAAUUGUGAGUGUGGCGUAUGCAACAUAUGUAGCCAAACCAGUUGGUGCUAAAAAGAUUGAAUUAGAAUCUGUACAGCUUCUGUCUACAGAAGACCAUCUGGAGCACACCCUGGCUACUGAGAGAAGAAGAAUACGACUGGGCUAUGAACAGGUCUUUCAGAACCUAAUGCAGGAGAGUAAUAAGGAAGAUACUUUCAAAGAGGAAGAUGCAGUUUCAACUGACCUUACUCACGUGCAGAGUAUUGAGCUUGUCCAGCCUCCUCAUGCAAACCAUCAUGGAAACACUUUUGGUGGCCAGAUCAUGGCUUGGAUGGAGACAGUGGCAAGUAUUUCAGCAAGCCGCCUUUGUCGUUCAUAUCCCAUCUUGAAAUCAGUCAAUAUGUUUAAAUUCUGGGGACCGUCCGUCGUGGGUGACCGCCUUGUCUUCAAUGCAAUUGUGAACAACACAUUUCAGAAUAGUGUAGAGGUUGGUGUCCGCGUUGAGGCUUAUAACUGUGAAGAAUGGAUCAAGGACCAAGCACGGCAUAUUAACAGUGCGUUUCUCAUUUUUAAUGCUGUGAAUGACAAAGGAGAACUGCUCAUCUUCCCUGGAGUUAAACCUACUACAAAGGACAGUGUGAGGCGGUACCAUGGAGCCAUUGCCCGAAGGAGAAUUCGACUAGCCAGAAAGUGUAUGCUCUCUGCUAAAGAAGACAAACCAUCUGACCCCUGGGAGACAAGCAACCAGGCAUAUGUGAGUUACAGCAAUGUAGCCACACUGACACACCUGGCAGCAAAACGAGGAUGGGAAAUAACCAGUAUGCUAGAGCAUAUAAAAAUAUGGACUCAUGAGGAGGGUGAUGUCUUGUCACUCAAAGUAGAAAUGCAAGUGAAGAUACCAUCACAUGUAGCUUUCUCCCUUUUGUCUGACUUCACACGCCGUCAACAAUGGGACAAACAUUUCUUAACUUGUGAGGUCCUACAGGCUGUGAACGAAGAUGAGAAGAUAUAUUAUGUUACGUCUCCACCCAUGACUGGCCAUAAACCCCGGGACUUCGUGAUUCUUGUGUCUCAAAGGCAACCUUGUAAGCCCAGUGAACCCUAUGUAGUAGCUGUAAAGUCAGUUACCCUCACGUCUAAGCCGCCUUCUCCAGAAUACUGCAGAAGUGAAAUCCUUUGUGCAGGAUUCCAGAUCUACAGUGACAGUGACAGCUCCUGUACGGUGUGUUACUUCAAUCAAAUGACAUCAGGUGUUAUGCCCUACUUAGCUGCGAAUCUUACUGGUUCAUCAAACUCCAUUGAAGACACUGCUUUGGAGUGUAUAAAGUUCUUGAAGCAGAAAGGCAGCAAGUGCUGAAGUUAAAAGCAAAUUUCCGGACAGUGCUAAAGAUUAUCAAGCAAUACCGGUUAAAAUUCUUGCAUGUGUGUUGAUCAUCCUUCUACAUCUUAAUUACUUUGGGUCAUGCAGCUGAUACUGGGCUUGAACCAGAGGAUAUCUAGCAUGAGGAUUUUGUAUGAAAUUAAGAUUAGGCCUUAUGCUCUAAAUUCUCUUUUAAUCUAAAAGAGAUUAAGGCACAGAGUCUGCACUUGAAUGCAUUAAUGAAUUUUGAUUGACCCAACAGAACUUAGACCAUUUCAUUUUCAUUAUUAUACUGUUGUAUUGAACCUAGUGGCACUCAGUCAGUUUUAAAUCAGUAAACUCUAAUCUGUCUAAUUUGCAGAGAACUGGUACUACUAAGUACCUUAUCCAGUGCUCUGGCCUCUUUGUCUAGGUUCUUGCACAUGCAUUGUAUGUAAAUCUAUUAUACCCUAAAUGAAGUUAGUGUUUGCUAAUGUUUAUGUGUCAAUGCUUGUAGCUUAUCUGUGAUUUUCAGUAAAUUAUUGCUUUUCAGGUUACACGUCGAUCAUCAUAAUUUUUAUUACACUAUCUCUGGAAGGGCUUCAGACCUGAUUCCAGACAGACUGGUUUGUGGUGAUGAUGGGGGGCUGUUGGUCUUCUACGCAAGUGCUGUGACCCCCAGUUCUACACCAGACUGUUCUGCUGGCAGCAAAUUCAUGUAGAGCAGGAAGAGUCUUGAAUACAUUCCCUCAUACAUAAAAAGGGAGAAGUUUCAGAGGUUUUAUUGUGGUGUGUCUGUUGUUUUCUGUUGUUUUUUUUCCCUCUCAAAAGGCCCUUGUUCAAAAAGCAUAUAAGAUCACCUGCAGUUAAAUUGUAACAUGAAUGGAGACGUGGGUUAAGAGGAUCAAAGCGUGUGAACUGUAGCUGUGCCAUUCCUCUCUCUGAAGUCUCGUAAUUGGUAGAAUGAGAGCUCUAAGCAUCUCAUCCAGGUCCCACUUAAGUAAAUUACAUCUUCAGUUUAACCUAUAACCAAAUCAAAGCUUUUUUUGGUGAUCUGUGGGUUACAAUAUACCUGCAAAUUGUGCAUGACAUCGACCACAUGCACCACAGGAGGCACCUGCUCUUGCCCUGGAAGCCCUUAUGUGUAUUAGCAGUCAGCUGGCCUCUCAUUGGGGCAUUUCACAUGGGUACGGCGUUGCACUGAAACAAUGAUCGAGCGAAAUUAGGACGUCUUCUGUAUCUUGUGAUGCCAGCCACUAUACACCCUACAACACAGAGAAAUGUUUGCACUAGUAAUAGAAAAAUCAAACUGGGGCAUGAUCUUUGGCUCUGAAGAUGACCCUUUGGAUACAGAUCCUUAUUUUGGAUCAUGAUUUUUACCACAUGGGUAAGAUGCAUCUAGCAAGUGAGGACUGCAGGCUCAGGGCAGCCCCUUCCACAGCACGAACCGUGUCGAGGCCUGAGCAGGGCAGGCUUCCUUCCUCCUCCUGGGGUGGCUGGUAAGGGGAGGGUCGUCACCUGUGCAAGCUGCGCAGCUCUGUGCUCUCUCAGAUGUUUGCUGUGUGCAGACAGCAGCAGACAGAAGCCCUCGAGCGGGCAGGUAAGUCUUUGUGGUUCCAAUUUUUAGCAAACAGAGACACCUAACGUUCAGCUCUGCGUAUGUGCAGGGAAUAUAUUCCCUGAAUAAAGCUUCUGGGGAGAGCCCAACCUCAGCCCAUGCCCAGCACUGAGUGACCUGUGCAGCAGCUCAUAACCUGCCUUUAGAGACGACUACACACUGAACUCAGCUGUUGGGCCACCACAAGGGCUGUCUGGAGAACAUUAUUUGGCAUUUUGGAAGUAAGUGUUUUGCUGAGAUCAUUCCAGCCUCAUGCCUGCUCAUCUGACACUGAGACCUUAGCCACUGUAGUGCUGAGCACUGCAAACUCAGGCUUCUUUCUGGAUGCAGCCACACAUCUUUCUUUAGGUGUGUGUGGGGCUAGUGUCUGGUCACAUAGCCGAAGGAUUAUGUACCAGCUUCUGUGCAACUGAGAUGAGAUCCAGGUUUCUAGCAGAACAAGUUUUCCUUAAACUGUUUGCCUAACUUUAAAAUUUAGUAGAACAAUACAUCUUUAUACACAAGUGCUUUAAAAGUAACUGCUCACAUAGCUAGCUGCCGUCUAGCUACACAAGCUUUUGUGAAAUGAAAUGAAGAGAUUUGUAGGUGUGUUUAACAACUUGUGUUGUCCAGCAGUUACUGAAGAUUGCUAACCUGUGCAGCAGUUUUACAGCAGAGCACAAGAAUUUCAGCACCUCAUUUUGUGCUCCAUCUACGAAUUCAAGAAUUCAAAGGUUAAUCCACAACUUCGUGCAUGGUAUUCUAUGCCACAACUGUCCCUUUUGCCUUCCUGGUGUUAGCAGUCCCUCUAGCCAAGCAGAAGUCACUGAUCAGUUGUGGGAAUUCUCUUUUCCUCGCCCAGGAUCCAUGCAGUACCUGAUACAACCUUGCAGCCCCUCAAAGGGACGCUUCUGCCUCAGCCUGCAGUAGAGCAGCCAGGUGACCACGUCUUACUUGGAACCACAGACCUGGAGCAGCCACUGCCUCGGGAGGAAAGGCUGCACUCUGAAACCCCAACUCACACACCACAGGCAUUGUCUACAGCAGUAGGACUGUCAAAGUGCAUGGCUUCAAGUGUGUGGUGGUGGAAGAACACACAAUCCGAAUCAUCCAGGUUGGAAAAGACCUUCAGGAUCAUCAAGUCAUGCUACAACAUUAAGGAGAUUUGAAACACAGAAAAUAAUCUAAAAUGGUGAGGUUUUAAAAAAUAUUUAUGUAUUCAUAUACUAGAAAGGAAAACACCUUUUAAGCUGGAAUGUCUGUUGCAGCUUUGAGCUUCAAUCAAAGUUAAUUAAAACUCGGUAAUU